AUGAAGUGGCACUUCUCCCAAAGCCAAUUCAUGGUUUCAGCGGAGAAUGGAGACCUGAAUCUGGGGUCGACAAAGGUGGCGGGGUUCACGGUCAAGGAGAAGGGCGUGACAGGGCUGAAGGCGGAGACGAGCGUGAAGGAACUGGCAUUGAAUGAGAGGCAGAGGAGAAGGAUUAAGAGCGUCGUGGAGAGCAAGGCGUUGGUCGCUAGAGUGGAGAUUCGAACCAAAAUUGGUUUGGGCUUGAGGGGUUGGAACUCACCCUCCAUCUCUGUCACUAUCGUCUGCGGAGACGUCACCAUGAGACAACUCCAAAAUGGAGACCCUCCCCUUUGCUCCAUCACUCUCCUCAAAUGGUAUUUUUAA